AUGUUCAAAUUCGCUGUUGUCUUUGCUGCCUGCUUGGCUGUUGCUGCUGCCGGUGUUGUUCAUCCCACUGCUUUUGCUGCUGCUCCAGUAGCUUAUGCUAAUGCUCCUUUGUAUGCCGCUGGUGGUAGUCAACAAAUUGAUGUUCGUCACAACUACGAUGGCACUUUGUCUUCAUACACCACCACUCCAUUCGGUUACACUUCUCCCAUCUCUAGCCGUUAUGUAGCUGGUGCUCCCGCUGCCUAUGCUGCUGCACCAGCAGCUUUUGCCGCUCCCUCUGCUUAUGCUGCCGCCCCUGCUGCUUAUGCCGCUCCCGCUGCUUAUGCUGGUUUUGCCGCUCCUGCUGCUUAUGCUGCUCCUGCGAAAUAUGUUGCUCCCGCUGGUGUUGCUACACCUUUUGCUGUAGCUUCUCCUUAUGCUGCUCCAUAUGCCGCUCAUUAUGCUGCUCCUUAUGGCGCUCAUUAUGCUGCUGGUUUUGCCGCUCCUCAUUUUGCUGCUGCCCCCGCUAAAGUAGUUGUUUAAAUUUAUUUAUGACAAAAUUUGUCUACUUAAUUUUUCAUUUGGUUUGUAAUUGUUAAUAAUGAAUA